GGACUGACUCCGGGCUGCGUGGGGCUCCCCGAACACGGGAACGCGGCUGUCGUGGGUGGGAACGUGUAGUUCUGGGGCCGCCGAGUCUGGGCGCGGGAGAUGGCGGCGCGAUGGAGCAGCGAGAACGUGGUGGUGGAGUUCCGCGACUCCCAGGCAACUGCAAUGUCUGUGGACUGUCUGGGGCAGCAUGCAGUGCUUUCCGGCCGCCGAUUCCUAUACAUCGUCAAUCUAGAUGCCCCCUUUGAAGGUCACCGAAAGAUCUCACGCCAGAGCAAGUGGGACAUUGGAGCCGUGCAGUGGAAUCCUCAUGACAGCUUCGCGCACUAUUUUGCAGCCUCGAGCAACCAACGGGUCGACCUUUAUAAGUGGAAAGACGGCAGCGGGGAAGUUGGCACGACCUUACAAGGCCACACUCGUGUCAUCAGUGACUUGGACUGGGCAGUGUUUGAGCCAGAUCUCCUGGUCACCAGCUCUGUGGACACCUACAUCUACAUUUGGGAUAUCAAAGAUACACGGAAGCCGACCGUUGCGCUGUCUGCUGUAGCGGGUGCCUCACAGGUCAAAUGGAAUAAAAAGAACGCUAAUUGCCUUGCCACCAGUCAUGACGGGGAUGUACGGAUAUGGGACAAGCGGAAACCCAGCACAGCAGUGGAGUAUCUGGCAGCCCACCUCUCCAAAAUCCACGGCCUGGACUGGCACCCAGACAGCGAGCACGUUCUCGCCACCUCCAGUCAAGACAACUCUGUCAAGUUCUGGGAUUACCGCCAGCCUCGAAAAUACCUCAAUAUUCUCCCUUGCCAGGUGCCUGUCUGGAAGGCCAGAUACACUCCUUUCAGCAAUGGAUUGGUGACCGUGAUGGUUCCCCAGCUGCGGAGGGAGAACAGCCUGCUCUUGUGGAAUGUCUUUGACCUGAACACGCCGGUCCAUACCUUCGUAGGCCAUGAUGAUGUGGUGCUGGAAUUUCAGUGGAGGAAACAGAAGGAAGGGUCCAAGGACUUCCAACUGGUCACGUGGUCACGGGAUCAGACCUUGAGAAUGUGGCGGGUGGAUUCCCAGAUGCAGAGGCUUUGUGCAAAUGACAUCUUAGACGGUGUUGACGAGUUCAUUGAGAGCAUUGCUCUUAUGCCGGAGCCAGAGAAGACCCUUCACACUCAGGAUACAGAUCACCAGCACAACUCCAGCCACGGGGAGGAAGAAGUCUUAAAGGAAGACCCCCCAAGCAGUCUCCUGGAAGAGAAGAAAUCAGAGCAGCUGGGCCUGCCUCAGACGCUGCAGCAGGAGUUCUCCCUGAUCAACGUGCAGAUCCGCAAUGUGAACGUGGAGGUGCUCGGGCUUAGCAAACUGUCUCUCGCUUGCGGUUGGCGGUUGAUGGACGCAGCAGACAGGAGCUGCACAGUGUCUGUGCACUGCAGCAACCACCGCGUCAAGAUGCUGGUGAAGUUUCCUGCGCAGUACCCGAACCACGCGGCCCCUUCCUUCCAGUUCAUUAACCCCACCACCAUCACGUCCAGUAUGAAAGCGAAGCUGCUCAAGAUCCUGAAAGACACCUCCCUGCAAAAAGUGAAACGCAACCAGAGCUGUUUGGAGCCCUGCCUGCGCCAGCUUGUCUCCUGCCUUGAGUCUUUUGUGAACCAAGAAGACAGCGCUUCCAGCAAUCCCUUCGCGCUCCCGACCUCUGUCACGCCGCCCCUACCGACAUUUGCCCGGGUGACCACCGCCUAUGGGUCCUACCAGGAUGCCAAUAUUCCCUUUCCCAGGACCUCGGGGGCCAGAUUCUGUGGGGCAGGGUACCUGGUGUAUUUCACAAGGCCCAUGACGAUGCACCGAGCAGUGUCUCCGACUGAGCCUACUCCGAGAUCUCUGUCAGCUUUGUCUGCCUAUCAUACUGGCUUGAUUGCGCCCAUGAAGAUCCGCACAGAGGCCCCUGGGAACCUCCGUUUGUACAGCGGGAGCCCCACGCGCAGCGAGAAGGAGCAGGUCUCCAUCAGCUCCUUCUACUACAAGGAGCGGAUGUCUCCUCGCUCUGCCCGGCGACGUUGGUCCAUACAAGCAAUUAACGACUUCCCGAAAUCGAGGAGAUGGAAAAGUAAGCGUGAGGGAUCGGACUCUGGGAAUCGACCAAUCAAGGCUGCUGGGAAAGUGAUCAUUCAGGAUAUUGCCUGCCUUCUUCCUGUUCACAAAUCAUUGGGAGAACUAUACAUAUUGAAUGUGAAUGAUAUUCAAGAAACGUGUCAGAAGAACGCCACUUCUGCCUUGCUUGUUGGAAGGAAGGAUCUCGUCCAGGUUUGGUCGCUGGCUACAGUAGCUACGGAUCUUUGCCUUGGUCCGAAGUCUGACCCAGAUUUGGAAACACCCUGGGCUCGACAUCCAUUUGGGCGACAGCUACUGGAGUCCCUGCUGGCUCAUUACUGCCGGCUCCGAGACGUGCAGACGUUGGCUAUGCUCUGCAGCGUGUUUGAAGCCCAGUCCCGGCCGCAGGGGAUACCAAACCCCUUCGGGCCUUUUCCCAGCCGCUCAUCUAACCUUGUGGUGUCCCACAGUCGAUACCCCAGCUUCACAUCCUCCGGUUCCUGCUCGAGUAUGUCCGACCCAGGAUUCAGCACUGGCGGCUGGAACAUAGUGGGAAGAGAGACGGAGCACAUAUCUUCACCCUGGGGAGAGUCCUCACCAGAAGAAAUCCGAUUUGGGAGUCUGACCUACAGUGAUCCCCGUGAGCGAGAGCGUGACCAGCACGAUAAAAAUAAAAGGCUUCUGGACCCCGCCAAUACCCAGCAAUUUGAUGACUUUAAGAAAUGCUACGGAGAAAUCCUCUACCGCUGGGGUCUGAGGGAGAAACGAGCUGAAGUGCUGAAGUUUGUUUCCUGUCCUCCUGAUCCUCACAAAGGAAUCGAGUUCGGCGUGUACUGCAGCCACUGCCGGAGUGAGGUCCGGGGCACGCAGUGCGCCAUCUGCAAAGGCUUCACGUUCCAGUGCGCCAUCUGCCACGUGGCCGUGCGAGGGUCAUCCAACUUCUGCCUGACCUGCGGGCAUGGGGGACACACCAGCCACAUGAUGGAGUGGUUUCGGACCCAGGAGGUGUGUCCCACCGGGUGUGGGUGCCACUGCUUGCUUGAAAGCACUUUCUGAACUGACAGCCCAUGGGAGUUGUGGGAAAUCCCAGAGAACCCAUCAAUGCCGGUUGACAAGCUCUCUGACAGGAGAGAGGCUCCAGAACCCACCCCUAACUAGACAGGGAUGUGUUCUCCUCAAAGACUGACACGGUGCCAGCUGUUCAUGAGCCUUUGCUUCUCUUUUGUUGGCUGUUGGUGGCAUGGAUGUUGGUGUAGGAGGACGCGGGCAGGUGGAAGUUUUCUUGGAGGAAAGCACCUGCCUCCAGAACCGUGUUUACCUUUAAGAUGACAGCAUCCUUUUUGAUGCCAUCAGAGAGAUCAAGGGUGGUUGCACAGGACAGUCUCCUGAGCCAAAGGACAGUGGACAAAUGGGCCUGUGACAUAAGAUGAUGCAUAUAUGAACUGAUGGACUGUGGCCUUUUAAAAUAUACCUAAAUUAUAAAUACGUAAUGUACUUAAGGAUCCUUAAGAUGUAUUUUUUUGUUAUUUCUCUUCCAGCUAUUCUCCCUUGGCUAAUAAAAUUCUAGUAAUCGUUUG